AUGGAAGUCCGUGUAUCACCCGGUUCCCCUUUGUCGUCCAUCGCCUCCGCUGAUGAUUCAGAUCAUGAAUCCAUCAAGGCAGAAAGCCGUGCCCAGUCACCCUCAGCCUCAAACAUGCCCCCUUCCAAGCGCCGCCGAACCGGUGUAGCAUCUUGGGACCGCCAUACACCCCUAUCCUCAGCCCAAGAUGAUGUUAAUCCCCCUCCCUCACCCACAGCCUCUAUCUCUUCCGAUAGCUCCGGCGACAUACCGAACUCUCCCAGUCUACUAGGAUUGCUGGGAAAUAAUCAAGACGACGACUACAGCGGCCAAGGUGGUGACCAAGUCACUAUCUGCCGCUGGGAUGGAUGCACAACUGGAGAUCUUGGCAACAUGGAUGGCUUGGUGCAGCAUCUCCACAACGAACACAUCGGGAGCCGACAGAAGCGGUAUUCGUGCGAGUGGACUGAUUGCGCCCGAAAGGGUCAAACGCAUGCCAGCGCCUAUGCACUGCGUGCUCAUAUGCGGAGUCACACGCGUGAGAAGCCGUUCUAUUGCACUUUGCCAGAAUGCGACCGCAACUUCACCCGCUCCGAUGCUCUGACUAAACACAUGCGCUCUGUUCACGAAAUUGACUCCUUGCGCCAAACAGACUCCAAGUCCAACGCUGGCGGAGCCCCAAGCGUCGUCAGCACACCCAUUUCAAAGGGUCCACGCAUCCGCCUCAAGCUCUCACAACCCAAAGAACCCGGCUCAGAGCAUGAGCACCAUGAAGCCACCAUCAUAUCUACCCCGACCGUCACUAUCAAUGCGACAGACGAGGACGACCUAGUAAUGCCAGAGCUAGGACCCGAGCUUGGCUUCGAUCCAUACGAGCUCGGCAUGCAAGUUCGUGACUUGUACAAACUUCUACGAAAACAGAUCUCCUGGGCAGAGAAGGAAACGGUUCAAUUGCGCGCAGACUGGGAAGCACUCAGUCCAAAGCGCGAGCGCGCCUGGCGUGACAAGGACGCUAUCUUUGACAAUGUCAUUGAGGGCGAGCUACGACUCUUCAACAUCCUUGCCCCAGCCUGUGGCUCUUCAGCCGAAGCCCCGAGCUCUUCUGCGUCUGACAUGGAUAUGUCCAGCUUGGAAAAGCUGCAACGGCAUCAAAUGGAGUUUCAGCGCCAGCGGGAGCAGAGACAAACCACAAGAGAGAUACCCGAGGCUGAGACUGAGAAUAGUCUUGCUGUGCCUUAG